AUGAUUGAGUUAGAUGAAAGAGAUAUACCUAUAAUACCAGGUAAUAAAUUAGAUGAAAUUGAAGCUAAAGAAUUAAGAUUAAUGGUUGCUGAAUUACUCGGUAGAAGACAACUGAAUUUUCCUGGUUCUCAACCUAUUUCAUUUGAAAGAAGACAUAUUCAAGAACAAUUAAUGUUGAAAGAUUAUUUUGUGUGUGAAAAAACAGAUGGUUUAAGAUGUUUAUUAUUCCUUAUUAAUGAUCCAAUUAAAGGUGAAGGUGUAUUUUUAAUUACUCGUGAGAAUGAUUAUUAUUAUAUUCCAAAUAUUCAUUUCCCCUUAGUGAUUAAUGAAAAUAUGAAUAAACCAACUUAUCAUCAUGGUACCUUAUUAGAUGGUGAAUUAGUGUUAGAAAAUAAAAAUAUAUCUGAACCAUAUUUACGUUAUGUCAUAUUUGAUUCUUUGGUAAUUAAUGGUAAAUGUAUAACUGAUAGACCACUACCGAAAAGAUUAGGUUAUAUUACUGAGAAUGUUAUGAAACCUUAUGAUUCAUUUAAAUUAAAACAUCAAGAAAUUGUAAAUGCUCCAAAUUAUCCAUUUAAAGUGGGAUUUAAAAUAAUGCUUACUUCUUAUCAUGCACCUGAUGUAUUGGAUGCAAUGGAUAAAUUAUUUCAUAGUUCAGAUGGGUUGAUUUAUACUUGUGCUGAAACUCCAUACGUAUUUGGAACUGAUUCAACUUUACUUAAAUGGAAACCUGCUAAUGAAAAUACUAUAGAUUUUCAAAUUGAAUUUGUAUUUAAUAAAUUUCAAGAUCCUGAUUUGGAUGAAAGAGAUCCAAGUUCAACUUAUAUAGAUUUUGAUUCAAAACCAGAUCUUAUAAAAUUACGAGUAUGGCAGGGGUCAAAUGUACAUACUGAUUUUGCAAAAUUGAAUCUUUCAGAUGAAGAUUGGGAAAAAUUAAAAGAUUUAAAUGAACCACUACAAGGUAGAGUAGUAGAAUGUAAACAAUCAAAAGAAAAGAAAGGUUAUUGGGAGAUAUUAAGGUUUAGAAAUGAUAAAAGUAAUGGUAAUCAUAUAUCUGUAGUUGAAAGAAUAUUAUUAAGUAUAAAAGAUGGUGUUAAAGAAGAAGAAAUUCGAGAUAAUUGUGAUGCAAUAAAUAAAGCAUGGAAGAAAAGAGAAUAUGAAAGAAGAAUGAGGCAUUCUAAUGGUGGAACACAACCACAACAACCACCUAAACAACAUCAACAACCACCAAUUGAAGAUCAACAACCACCUAAAAAGAAACAAAAACAAGAACAACCUAAAUUAGAAGAUAUACCUACAUAUGAAGAAAGUGAUGAGGAUUAA